AGUUUCCACUUUACUUAAAGACGCAACAGACAGAAGAACCUGCAGAACGUGAGAAGGAAUGGCACUAAAAACAGUUCAGAUGAUAUUUGUGGUUCUCGGCGCCGUCGGGAUGAUUGGAGUCACCAUCUGCUGCUCCCUGCCUGAGUGGUUUGUGGGACAUGUUAGCGAUAUGGAAUUUCAUCGAGGUCUGUGGAAGACGUGUGUGACGUACAGAACUUCACCACAUGUGUGCGGAACGAUUCCUAACACCAUGAUAUCUUCUGAAAUUCAUGCCUGGAGGGCCAUGACCGUCAUCAGCUGCCUCCUCUGUGGUCUCAGCCUCCUCCUCCUGAUCUUUGGUUCCGACUUCACCCAAUGUGUUCAGAACCAAGACACCAAACCCAAAAUGAUCAAGGCAGCCGCAGUGGGCCUGAUACUGGCCGGCCUGUUGGUGAUCAUCCCGGUCAGCUGGGUGACACAUAUUUUUAGAAAUGCACGAGAGGGAAUGAUGGUGGGAGCGAGCAUCUAUAUCGGCUUCAUAGCUGGUGUGAUGAUGAUGCUGACUGGAGUUCUGCUCUGCUGCUUAAUCAGAUCCGGAUCUAGCAGCUCUGGAGGAACUGUCAGCUUCUCCAGCAACAGAGUUUAAGAUAAAAAAAUUAAUUUAGAGGCUUGAUGUAAGGAACUGGUGUCCAAUAGAUAGUAAGACAAGGGAUAAAUUUAGGUAAAAACUGGGACGACGACGUCAAAUCAUAAUUUAUAUACUUUUAACAUUUGGUGUUGGCCUUUUAAAAUAAUUUUCCUGAAUUCAGGAAAAUUAGAUUUCACUGAUAUUUUUGAUGCAUUUUUUUGUUUGCUUAUUAAAACUGUUUUAUGUUUGUUAUUUUUUCAUUCUUUCUUGAUUCCAGUUUAAAAACCAGUCAACAUAAUUAGCAACUAAAUUUGCUUCAGUUUCAUGAUGUUUCUCAGUUUUCUGCUUUACUUUCUAUUGAUAAAACAUUUAUUGUAACUUUUUCUGUUUUUGUACAAUAAUCACAACAAAUUAUUAUCUUUGAUCAG